AUGGAGCUGGAGAAGACUGUCAGUGCAGCCCUCCUCGCCUUUGUCCAGACGCAUCUCCCAGAGGCUGAUGUCAGUGGCUUGGAUGAUGUCAUUUUCUCCUAUGUUCUUGGGGUCCUGGAGGACCUGGGCCCCUCAGGCCCAUCAGAAGAAAACUUUGAUAUGGAGGCCUUCACUGAGAUGAUGGAGGCCUAUGUACCUGGCUUCGCCCACAUCCCCAGGAGCACAAUAGGGGACAUGAUGCAGAAGCUCUCUGGGCAGCUGAGUGAUGCCAGAAACAAAGAGAACCUGCAACCACAGAGCUCUGAGGUCCAAGGUCAAGUGCCCAUCCCUCUAGAUGCCUUGCAGAGGCCUGAAAAGCUCAAAGAAGAGACCAGGUCUUCUCCCACUACUGCUAGAGACAGCCAUGAUAAGGCAGCAGGCACUAAGGAGGAGCUGCUGCCAGGGGUGGAUGUACUCCUGGAGGUGUUCCCAACCUGCUCAGUGGGACAGGCCCAAUGGGCACUAGCCAAAGCUGGGGGGAACUUGGAAGAGGCUGUGCAGGUGCUGGUAGAGGGGAAGGACCACUCCAAUCAGGACCUGCCCAGGCGCCUCAGAGGCCCCCAAAAGGAUGAGCUGAAGUCUUUCAUCCUGCAGAAGUACAUGAUGGUGGAUAGUGCAGAGGAUCAGAAGAUUCACCGGCCCAUGGCUCCCAAGGAGGCCCCCAAGAAGCUGAUCCGCUACAUUGACAACCAGGUAGUGAGCACCAAAGGGGAGAGAUUCAAAGAUGUGCGGAACCCUGAGGCGGAGGAGAUGAAGGCCACGUACAUCAACCUCAAGCCAGCCAGAAAGUACCGCUUCCACUGA